GAUCACUAAUUAUUGCAUGCCAGGAGCAACCCUUAGUCACAUAAUGAAUAAAGUUUUAGCUAGUAAAUUUUGCCCUAAUAACACAUUAAUAAUUCUUGUUGGGAGAAGAGGCAAUGUUAACAAAAAUCAAUUAUUAAAAUAUAUUGAUAAUCUAAAUACUUUAAAUGUACAUAAAAUUAUCUUGUUUACAUUGCCUUACAUAGAGGGUUGGCCGCAAGAAAAUAAAAUAAGAUAUGAUUUAAAUUUAUUAAUGAAUAACUUUUCAUGUAAUAAUAAUUUAAACUUGACAUUUAAUUGUUAUAAUUAUAAUAAUAAAUUUAAUUUAAUAGACAUAAAUAAUUUAAUUAAGAAAUUUUUGACUAGAGAUAGGUAUUACCUAUCUAAAUAUAUUUUAAGACAGAUAGCAAAUGUGCUAUCUUAUUGUUUAUAUAUUAACUCAGCCAAGGACUUGGCUAUAUAGACAUCUGCUCCUUUUGAGCAGUAUAAUGACUUAAUAUGUAAUUUGGAAUCAGUUCCAAGUAAUUUAAAUUAGAAAAUGAGAUAAUAGAGGUAAUCUCUAGCAGUUGUAAUAAUUUAAAUAAUUUAGAAUGUAGCUUACAAAUCUUUAAUUGUAUGACUCCACAGAGUAAUAAUGAAAAUUGUUUACACCUGGUGCAUCAAAAUAUACAAGGCAUGAUAGGCAAAGAGCUAGAAAUUGAGUUGUUCUUAAAUAGCAACAAUAUUCAUAUUUUAUGUAUUACUGAACAUUGGUUAAAAGCUUAUAACUUAAUGUUUAACUUCAGUAAUCACCAGGUGGUCAGUUCUUUCAAUAGAGAAACGGUUUUAAGAGGUGGCUCCUUAAUAUUAGCUAGUAAAUUAUUGUUAUGUAAAGAACGUAAAGAUAUUGUGAGCCUCUCUGUUGAGCGAACUGUAGAAAUGGCAUGUGUUGAGUUUGAGCACCUCAUUGUUGUGAGCGUCUACAGACCCCCAUGUUCUAUAUACGAUACUUUUGAAAAAAUCAUGGAGGAAGUUUUUGCUAAGCUUAAUAAACAGAAUAAAUCUGUUGUAAUAUGUGGAGACUUUAAUAUCAAUCUCCUAGAAGAUCAUUGUUUAAAUCAUAUGGUCUUUUUAAUUUAUUUUUAGAGCCAACGCGUAUUGCUCAAUCUAGUGCAACAUGUAUAGAUAACAUUUUUACAAAUGUGAAGCCGUUGCAUAAAUUUAUAAUUGAAAAAUUAAGUUCUGAUCACUGUGGACAGGUAGUUUCGUUACCUUAUGUUCACAAAAAGCAAGUAGAUGAGAAAGUUGUGUUUGUUCCAGUAAAUGCACGUCGCUUGGAGAAAUUUAGAAGUAACAUAGUGAAAAAACUUCCAUCACUUUCAUACCAAAAUGAUCCAAAUUUUUUGUAUGGAACAUUAUUUAAGCUUAUUUGCAAUGAAUUUAAUAAUACUUUUACUUCUAAAACAUUCUCCUUGAACAGUCGGAAGUCAUUCAAUGAAUGGGCGACAGUAGGAGUCCAUAAGAGCAGGCAUAGGUUAUAUGAUCUUUACCAUGAAAGGUCAUACAAUCAUAGCGUCGAAUUUAGGGAAUAUGUAAAAAAUUAUUCAAAAAUAUUUAAAAGAGUGUGCUCCAUAGCCAAGUCUUUGCAUUUGAGCAACAAAAUUAAGACGGCUUCUAAUAAAAUUAAAAUGACAUGGAGUAUAAUUAAUAGCGAAACUGGUAAGAUCAACUCUCGCAAUUCAAAUUACCAGUUAAGUGUUAACAACAAAUUAACUGUAUCAGAUCAGGACGUAGCAAUGACUUUUGAGUAAUAUUUUAGUGAUAUUCCGAUCUUGACCACUAAGUCACUGAAUUCUUCUCCUGCCGUCGCCGAAUCAUUACUUAAACAAAAUGUAAAUGCGUGUACAAAGAAUUUUACAUUUCAUAAAGUGUCAUCAAAAGAUAUUGUAAAAUAUUUUAAAACUAUUGAUGUUAAGAAAACUGCGGAUCUGUGGGGGAUUUCCGUUAAAGUUAUUGCGUCUAUAAUAGAUAAAAUCGCGCCUCAUUUAGCUAUUAUUUUUAAUACUAGUAUCGAAUCUGGUGUGUUUCCUGAUUUAAUGAAGCAUAGUAAAGUAAUACCUUUAUUUAAAUCUGGUAGUACAUUAGACCCCGCCAAUUUUAGUACCUAUUUCUGUACUACCAACACUUAGUAAGAUUUUUGAAAAAAUUGUUCUUGAUCAAAUGUUACAUUUUUUUAAUAUAAAUAAUUUACUUCAUAAAAAUCAAUUUCACAAGGGGUCGCUCGACAACUGAUGCCGGUGUUGAGCUGAUUAAAUAUAUCUUUAAUGCAUGGGAGAAUUCACAGGAUGCUUUGGGUAUAUUUUGUGACCUAUCCAAGGCCUUCGAUUGUGUUCACCAUGAAACAUUAAUCAGGAAACUUCAACACUACGGUGUAAGAAGUGAUGCUCUUAAAUUAAUUAUUUCAUAUUUAAGUAAGAGAACGCAAAAAGUUGUCAUUAACAAUAUGAGCUCUUCCGGAUCGAUGGUACAAAUGAGCGUGCCUCAAGGCUCAAUUCUCGGCCCCUUUCUGUUUCUUGUAUACAUUAAUGACUUACCUUACAUAGUAGGGGAUAACCAUGAUAUAGUAUUAUUUGCAGAUGACACUUCUUUCAUUUUCAAAUUAAAUCGACAAUUACUAAAAUAUAACGAAGUAAAUAAUGCUAUAUCUAAAUUAGUAAAUUGGUUCAAUGUUAAUAAUUUGCAUUUAAAUGGCACUAAAACGAAAUGUAUGAAAUUUAUGACUCCAAAUGUCAAACAAUUAAAUACUAAUGUAAUUUUAAAUGGGGAGAAACUGAGUCUUGUAAAUACCACCAUUUUUCUUGGAAUCACACUAGACGCGAAGCUUCAAUGGAGCCCUCAUAUAUCAAAACUAGCAAGCAGACUUAGUUCUGCAGCAUAUGCCGUAAAAAAGAUUAGAAGUCUAACUAGUGUUGAAACAGCUAGACUAGUUUACUUUAGCUAUUUCCAUAGCAUAAUGUCGUAUGGUAUUUUGCUAUGGGGACACGCAGCUGACACUGAAAUUAUAUUUGUUUUACAGAAGAGGGCCAUAAGAGCAAUUUAUGAUUUAAAGCCUAAAGAGUCGCUGCGAUAAAAAUUUAAGGAAAUUAAUAUAUUACCUUUGGCCUCUCAAUACAUUUAUGAAAAUGUAAUGUACGUACACAAAAAUAAAAGUAGUUUUACAAAAAUAAGUGAUAUUCAUUCUGUAAAUACUAGGAACAGACACAAGCUAGUAGUACCAGUUACUCGACUCCAUCGAGUCAGUAAUUCAUUCUUGGGGCGAUGUAUACGCUUUUACAACAAAAUUCCAGAAAAUAUACAAAAUUUGACCUGCUCAAAGUUCAAAAACUUUAUUAAACUAAGUUUGUAUAAAAAGGGUUAUUAUAAUAUUAAUGAAUUUAUAGAUGAUAAUAACCCCUGGAAAUGAGGUGAUCGCUACCAAGCUAUUUCUAAUUUAUUGUGUUGUUAAUUUGUGUAACAUACAGUCAUGAUUGUAAGCUGUUAUUUAAAAAAAAAAAGUCCCGCUGGGUUUUUUUGCUGGUUCUUCCCAGGACAGAGGUUUUUUUUUCGAAUCAGUGGUAAUCAUACAAAAGAGUGACUUUCAAUAAGUAUUAUUUAUAAUCUAUAUUGAAUAAAAAAGUUUCUGUUUCUGUUUCUGUCAGGCAGAAGGCGGCUACCAGUUAAAAUGUUCGAAUCUUCUCGAAAUUACUUGGACCUUGCAGAACAAGUCGUCACCCAUUGCCCCAUUUCAUCACCGCAUGAAGUUCGAUUUGGAGUAUAUGGAUGAAUCGUAUAUUAAAGUAGUAACUCAAGCACACAAACAACUGUCUGAUCCAAUGCUUGACACAGAUGAGAGGACGUUAUUAUUGGCUAAAAUCAUCAGCACAUGCUUAGAAGCCCAGGGGCUGAAUCACAAUGUACAAGAGAGCACAGAAUCCGAGUCCGAGACAGUGAGGAUACAAAAAAGACGCACAAAUUUAGACAAAGAACAGGAAAUGCCGUUAUC